AUGGAGAAGUAUAGAGAAAAACAAGGAGAGCUGCAUGCGGCUUUCCUUGAUAUGGAGAAAGCUUUCGACAAGGUACUCCAUGAUGUGGUGGUGGGCGGUGCGAUAGCACAUGGUUCCAAAGGUAUACAUCCAGUGGAUAAAAAUGAUUUAUCACGGAGCCACGAGCCAAGUGCAAACCGCGGCAGCACGGUCAAAACCAUUCCGCAUAAAGAUCGGCGUGCAUCAGAGAUCGGUGCUCUAUCCUCUACUCUUCAUCACAGUAAUGGAUGCAGUGACGAAGUUCUCAAUCGACAGCCUCCAUGGGCUUUCCUGUAUGCAGACUUGUAG